AUGGCUAUUGAACAAGUCAAAGACGAAACGGCUCCGUCUGGACCCUCUGACAACCAGACGACCACAUCCCCUGACUCUUCCAGUCUUUCAGCUAGACCAAAGAGCGAUGAAGAAGCCCAGGAUGCUGUAGCAGAGUCUCCGAGAGAUAAUCUGGCGUUCAACAGAGACUACCGGUUCUGGAUGAUCAUGCUUACCCUCGUCAUUUCCACUCUCCUCGCAUCCCUCGAGUCAACUGUCGUCAUUACUUCUCUGCCUACCAUUGUCGAAAAUCUUCACCUUGGAAGCAGCUACAUCUGGGUCACCAAUAUCUUCUUCCUAACGAGCGCUUGCGUUCAACCUCUCUUCGGCCAGCUCUGCAAUCUCUGGGGCCGCAAGAGGGUCAUGAUAUUCAUCUUUGCUGCAUAUACCGUUGGAAGUGGCAUUGCUGGUGGCGCCAACGGAGGCGCCAUGCUGAUCGCCGGCCGUGCUAUUCAAGGCAUCGGCAGCGGUGGUGUGAACAUGGCUGCCGAUGUCAUUGUCUCAGACUUGGUGCCCCUGAGAUACAGAGGAAACUACAUUGCUAUGCUUAUGCUUGUGGCAACCAUUGGAUUCGCCGUCGGGCCUUUCUUGGGCGGUGUGAUUGUUGAAAACACUACUUGGAGAUGGGUGUUUUAUCUCAACCUUCCCAUCGGUGGCCUUGCAAUUCUUGUCACUCACCUCUUCCUCAACUUGCAGUGGAAUCGCCAAGAGUCAACAAUGGCCAAGCUCCGUCGAAUCGACUACAUCGGCAACGCCAUCCUCAUCGCGGCGAGCAUCUCGAUCCUUAUAGCACUCACCUGGGCUGGCCCAGUCUAUCCUUGGUCCGACGCUCGUGUCCUAGUCCCGUUGGUCGUUGGACUGUUUGGAUUAGUUGGGUUCGUCGUCUACGAAGGUUCAGGCUUCCCUUCCGAGCCCGUCAUGCCCAUCCGGCUGUUCCCUAACCGCACAUCUCGCAUCGUCUAUGUCAACACUUUUCUCAACAUGAUGCUCAUCUUUUGGUGUUACUUCUUUUUACCUCUAUACUUUCAGGCCGUACAAAUGUCUACCCCUUCUCGAUCCGGAGUGCAGAUGCUCCCUGUGGCCCUCAUCGCCAUCCCCGGCGCCGCACUAUCCGCCUUCAUGCUCUCAAAAUGGGGCAAGUACAGGGCGCUACACAUAGCCGGAUUCUUCCUCAUGACUCUCGGCGUAGGCCUUCUCGCUAUUCUCAAGGAAGACAGCCCCGAUGCAGCAUGGAUUCUCAUCCAGUUCCUCCCCGCCAUUGGCUCUGGCUUCUUGUUAAACACGCUGCUCCCUGCCUUCCAAGCCUCAGCGGAUGAGAUCGACCAGGCCGCAGCGACGGGGACUUGGUGUUUUAUGCGCACAUUUGGCACAAUCUGGGGCGUCGCUAUCGCGGGAACCGUGUUCAAUUCGUACACGAAGCAGUAUGCGCACAUGAUCGAUAGUGAAGUGGCCCGGGAGGUGCUCAGCUCCGGAGAUGCAUAUGCCAGCGCAACCAGGGCCUUUGUCAUGCAGUUUGAGGAGCCCAUCAGGAGCCAGAUCCGUCAUGUCUUUAUGCUGGCUCUCCGAAAGGUUUAUGUCAUCUCUGUGGCAUUUGGUGGGCUGGCCUUUUUGCUUGCUCUGUUUGAGAAGGAUAUUCCUCUGCGCAAGGACUUGGAUACACAGUACGGUUUGGAGGAAAAGGCACCGGAUGAUUUGAAGGACAAAGAGUAA